AUGAACGUUGAUCCUCUUACUGGCCAGCCGCUGCCUGCGAAUGCGAUCCAGCGCAUUCUCUACUUGGCGCCCAAAGUCCACGUCUACCAAAUCCCACCCGCAACCUCAGUCAAGGGCUACCAGGCCAGCACCUGGACCGCAAACGACAACAAGCUGCAAAUCUUCACCGCGCGGAUACGCAUCGUCGAGACCUCUGUGCCCACGACGACGACGGAGCAGUCGGAAGACGGCGACGAAAAAGUAACCACCACCAUCCUCCUCGAAGACGCAAAGACGGGCGAUCUCUUCGCCGCCGCCCCCUAUACCAGCGAGCGCGUCGUCGAACAAGCCCUCGACAGCUCGCGCUUCUUCGCCAUCACCGUCGUCGGCGAGGGCCGCAAAGCAGUGCUGGGCAUGGGUUUUGAAGAGCGCUCGGAAGCCUUCGACUUCAGCAUCGCUCUGCAAGACGCCCGCCGCGUCCUCGGCUUCGAAGCACACGCCGCCGCCACCGCGGGGCCCCGCGCCGCCGCAAAAGCCAAACAAGCGGCCGUCGAGGAGCCCAAGCGCGACUUCAGUCUCAAGGAGGGUGAGACGAUAUCCAUCAACUUGGGCGGCCUCAAGGGUCGGCGCUCGCGGUCGCAUGAAAAGUCGGAGCAGGAGCAGGGCAAGAGCGAGCAGGAUGCGCUGUUUAGUAUAAAGCCGCCGCCUGGGAGUGGGGGCGGUGCCUUUUUGCCGCCUCCGCCGAGCGCGAAGAGCGUCAAGGAGGAGCGGCGGAGGAGCAGGCAGAUGUUUGAGCAGAGUAGUCCGCCCAAGCAGACGGCGGAGGAUCUGGGCUUUGAUGAUGGCGAGUUUGGUGAGUUUCAGUAG